GUGUGACGGGAGUGUUUGUGACGGCUGCCCCCACAGAACACAGAAUAAAACGAUCCAUCAUCACUUCUCGCUCCGGCCGGACGUCCUUUUGCCGGGAUAUCGCUUGCCGCUCCUCCCCACCGGAGGAAAAGAGAAGGGAUAUAAUAAACAAUAAUUUAGGGGAAGAAAGAGCUGCGACACGAGAGCCAGCGAAGCCAGCAGUCCAGGUCGAAGGGAAAUGGCCAGCGGACAUGGGUAGCGAGGCGGCGAGAGGGGGCGCUGUGGCCAAGGGCAUCUCGGCGUGAAAGAGGAGGAGGAGGAGGUGGAAAAGGAAUAGAAAGAGAGGAAGAGGAGAAGGAGAAAGAAGAGGAAGAAGAAAAAAGUAAAAAGACGUAAGAGGGAAAUCGGGAAAAGAAGAAAGUACAGUCUAUAAGUAAUAAAAUGAGUGAGAUGUGGUUAUGACAAAGCCUCUUGAAAUAGCAGGACACGCUGGAGAGCAUGAAGAGGAGGAGGAGGAGCAGCAAGAAUGCCGGGACAUGGAGCAGUAGGAAAAUGAUCAGGAGAAGAACAGGAAGAAGGAGACUAGAGAAGGCACAGUGAGGCAGACGAAGGAGACAACACGAAGGUAACUGGCGGCCAAAGGGCGAUUCCGGAGGGAGAUGAUGCCUUCUCUGGAGCUGGUGAUCACGAGCGAGGGUCAAGGCGGGUCGGACGAGCAGGGGGAGGAGUCAGGCAGCAGCACCACGCCCCCGCCCCUGCUCAAGCAGCCGCCCCCGCCGACCCACACUCGCGCCGCCGCCGCCUCCAAAGCCGCCACGAGGAACUCUUCCACGACCACCUCCAUCGCCAUCACGACCGAGCCGCAGGACCCCCGCCGUGAUGACCGCCUGGUCGUUACGGAACUGGACGACGUCGAAGGCAACCACCGCCAACAGAACAGGAAAGGAAGGCUCGCCCUCACCGUGGGUCAGGACGACUUCGGUGGAGGCAACUAUGGCGAGGACGAGGACGAGGAAGGGGACGACGGGGAGGAGGAGGAGAGGGACGACCAGUACCCGUGGGCGAACCCGCCCGACGGCAUGACUGACCCCGGCAAUGGUCGUCCAGGGGUCCACGACCAAGACGACGGCAUUGAGGGCUGGUGGACUGGGGGCGGCCCGGUAGCGACAGUGAAGAUGGUGAUGGAGACGGGCGUGGGCGUGAUCACGAGGGCGUGGCCUCUGCACCAGCCCGCCCGCAACCUGAAGCUGGAACUGAGUCGUGCCACGCAGGUCCCCCCCCACUUUCUCCAGCUGAUCCUCCGCGGGCGUGUGCUGAGUGACGUCACCACCCUGCGCGACGUGGGCGUGGAGGCGAACGAGACGGUGCAAGUGGGCGUGUCCUCGAAGCGCCCGCACGCCCACCCGCUCACCCUCCUCGCGCCCACCACGCCCACGAUCCCCACGCCCGACGUCAUCACCGUGAUCGUUGCUGAAGCCGGUGUCGGAGAGCGCGAGGUGGUGGUGGAGGUGGAGUGGGCGGGGGUCCGGAAGCCCUGGCUGGGGGGUUUCCGCCACAAGGUCUCGGGGCUUCACUACCACAACGCCACCACGCAGACGCAGCCGCCACUGAGACACAAGCCAGCCCAGGUAACACGCGGUACGCAGACGGUCCGCACGCGCCCAUGCGGUACGCAGACUAGCCGCAACGCCCAUACCCAGACGACCCACCUCCACCCACUCCUCCACGCGCCCAAAGCCACCCUCCUCACGCCCAUGGUGUUCUCGCCCGUCCAUCGCUAUGACGUCAGUAAGAUUGUGGAGGUUCAACGGAUGGUCCGCGGGUGGCUGGCGAGGAAGAGGGUGAGGAGGCUAAAGCAGGAACGCCGGCAACUUGACAAGUCCACGAGCGAAUCCACUUCGGCGUCCCCGCACCAGGAGGACUCGGCCAAUAGUGUUAGUGACAACUCCGUUUCUACUUCUUCCAGCCACAAGCGGUGGCGCGGCGCGGUGCCCAUGGCGGAGCUCUACUCCCGCCUGGAGAGCUGGCGACGGCGGCAGGUGGCUCAGAUAACGGCCACGCUCACGGGGCAGGAGAGGAGGAGGGCGCUGGUGGCCCUCCUCGACAAAGAGACGGAGUUGCUGAGGUCCUUGGAGGCUCAUCGCGCCGUCCGCUCGGCCAGGAGAAGGAACGCGGCCGUCGCUCUCUUCCUUCAGGAGGUGUCCCGAGCCCAGGUGUGGAAGGUCGGAAGCCAGGCGGCCGGGGUGGAGGUUGAGACUCCGGAGACAGAGCCUGUGAGGACGCUGGCCUCCCUCGCCUCCGCCCUCCAGAAGGAUGCGUCGGCGGAGGUCAGAGGGCAGCAGUUCAACUCCGUCUUCAGCACCGUGGAGCGCUUCCGGCCCUCCCACGGCGACCCGGACGAGACGUCCCGGACGGCGCGAGAGCUGGGGACGCUGGCGAGACGAGGCCUGCACCUCCUGGCCAGGGGAACCACGGACUCCAGGCUCAGGGGACUCCGCAAGAGACUCCACACUCUCAUUAUCACUUAUCUUCAACAGGUUCAGACGAGAUCAUCAGUGCCAAUGCAACCGCGGUUAGUGAGAGCCGCAGGUGGAAAACCGCUUCUAGUUCCCACAACGAGCACAUGACAGUGAAAUUCAUGACGGUGUAAUCCAAAUUACAGUGAAAAUCACUCAUCAAUGAAAUCUACAUGACAGUAAAAUCCACAUGAAGGUGAAAACCAAGCGACCAUGAAAUCCACAUGGCAAUGAAACCCACAUGACAAUGAUAUCGCGUCCAUGUUUCGUGGAUAACGGCUGAUUUAAAACAUAGCUUAUAUAUUUGCUGGAAAAAUUAACCUGCUUAUUUAUAUUUUUUUCCUGCCAGACACACUCAUCCCAUGAAGCCUUAGAUGUGGGAAUAUCUUUUUAUCUUUUGAAAAUAUUUGUAAUCAGUUAAAAGCCUUCUUUCAUCUGUGUUCAUAUCUUUGGCACUGGGUUAUAAAAGACAUAUUGUAAUGAUGCAGUGGCUUAAGAUGUGCCAUUGGUUAAAAAAGGAAAUACGUUUCUCAUUUUUUAUGAAGAUUGCAUUUAGACAUAAUAGACAUAAAUAAUUCGCUGCAUUAUAUUUCUCAUAACUCUGACGGAGCAAGGAUUACUUACAAGAUAUAGGAUCAUGUUCUAAAACUUACAAUGUUCAUUAGCAUUCCAUGAUAUAAUGUUCUUGGAAUUACAUUACAUUUUCUCAUCUGAUAUUCACCCACCUGUAGUGCCAAUGUACAUCGUGGGUUUUACUACUGAUGUGCAGUAUUCAUGAUAUCAUACGAAAAUUACUUACAUUUUAACUUGUACUCUUUUAUGCAAAAGCACAACAAAAUCACAACUUUAUAUCCUCCAAGUGUCUUUCCAAUGAAUGGAAAAAAAACAAUAUUUUACCAGGAUAUGGUAACGAGUUCAACAGUGAGCAAAAAUGGGGAAACAGGGUAAUCAGAAAAGCAAAAGAGAAUAGCAAAUCCCAAUAAUAUUUACGUAUUUCUCAGGUGCUUUUGUGCAAGUUUACCUCAUGGAAUGUGGAUCCAUGUAUGCAAAAUGAGAGAGAAGUUGGGUGGGCAUCAGCACAAACUGUACUUAAGGAGUUAUGCAAGCAAUAUAAUCAUUAAAUUUUCUCCUUUAGAGUACAAAAUAAAAGCAGGAUAUAUUUGCCAAUAUUUCAUUGCAUGUUUACAACAGUACUAUUUUUAUAAUCAUGAAGAUGAUAAGCUCCAUAGUACUAUAAGGACUAUUUUUAUUAGCUAAUAUAAAUAAAACAGAAUUUUCCUCUUUGUGAGCAUUACUAUGCCUCUUAGACCUACACUAAAUGCAUAUAAAAUAUGUAAAAUCUG